AGAGAAAAAAUGGGAACAGCAGAAGAUCAGAAUGCUAUGUUUGCUAGACUAGCUGGAAGGAGUGUAGAAAAGACUGAUGAUGAUUAUCAAGUAGAUGAUAUGUUUAUAAGUAAAGCAGCUCGGCAACAAUCAGAAUCCAAGUUGGAAGAGAAAGAUCGAUCACGAGCCAUCAUGGAGCAUCAGAAGAUGGCAUCAGCAAUGAGUAAAUGUCAAUUCUGUUUUGAUAAAGUACCAAAACAUCUGAUUAUAGCCAUUGGUCAAAAGUCCUAUCUAUGUCUUCCUCACCAUAAACCAUUAACAGUAGGACAUUGUCUGAUUGUUCCCAUGAUUCACUCCACUUCCUGUACAGCAAUAGAUGAAGAUGUGUGGCAGGAGAUGCAGCUCUUCCGUAAGACGUUAGCCAAACUGUUCAGAGAAAAGGAUGAUGAAGAUACAGUAUUUAUGGAGACAAGCAUGUAUUUAAAGAGACACCCCCAUACUUAUAUUGAGUGUGUACCUCUGGAAAGGGAAGUUGGUGAUUUAGCUCCUAUAUAUUUCAAGAAAGCUAUUCAAGAUACUGAGACAGAAUGGGCACAAAAUAAAAAGCUGGUAGAUUUGAGUAAAAAGGAUAUUAGACAUUCAGUACCCAAAGGUUUUCCAUACUUUGCUGUUGAUUUUGGACUUCAAGGGGGUUUUGCUCAUGUGAUCGAAGAUGAACACAGGUUCCCUACUUAUUUUGGACAGGAAAUUGUUGGAGGAAUGAUUGAUGCUAGUCAUAGACUGUGGAAAAAUCCUCCUAAAGAAAGUUUUGAUGAACAAAGAAUCCGAGUUUUAGAAUUUUCAGAUUGGUGGAAACCUCAUGAUUGGACCCAAAAUAUUGGCUGAAAUCAUGUGAGAUCCAGGGUGAACAUAUGACCAUGAUUUUUUAGACAAUGAACAUUGCAGGAAGUGAUCUAAGACAGUGAACUUUCAGCACAGGUUGUUAAAUCUUAAAGCUGUGUUUCAGGAACGUUAUGGCAGCAUAUUUUGAAAAGUUUGGACUUGCAAAAAACGAUAAUUUUGAGAGCCAUAUUUCCAAAAAUCUUUGAAAAGACCCUGCUAAAUUUUAUUUUAUAAGACACAUAAUUAUACACAAAUGAGCUCUCAUAGAGAAGCCGGGAGGAGUACAAGAGGUAAACCAAUUCCGUAGCGAACUAGAGGUCAGCUUCUGUGGAGAUUUCUAGAAAAGAUUGAUGGGUGUCUUCUUUUUGAAAAUCUCUAGAAAGGUUAGCUGUCCUGGGGUGUAUAUCCAAAUACAUCUGAAUUGCAUGAGGAAAGCUCUUGUCAACUAAACCAGAGAUAAGGGCCCUUGUAACAACACUGUUUUAGUUCCUCUAGACCAACAUGAUUCCCGUUCCACCAUCACUAUCUACAGACAAUCAAAUGAAUAACUAAAUAAAGCCUGUCUUGUAAUUUGUAAUAUGUCUGAUUAAAUUUGAAUACUCGUU